AAUAAUAAUGAAUGGGAAGCACUUAGCUCGGCACAUAGUAAGUUGCUCUUAAAAAUGGUAGCUUUUGUUAUUAUUUCAAUGAAUAAUGCAAUAAUAUUUAUAUGACCAAUGGUGAAGAAAGAGCUCGAGGGAAAAAGAUCAGGCAUCAUGUCAAGAUUUUUUUUAAAAAAUACAAUAGAGCAGUUGUAUUUACAGAAGAAUCACCUGGCAGCACCCCAUAAUUUUGAUGAAUUAGGAAUCUCCACUUGAAAGAUAAUACAAUAUGUUAAGCAAUAAGUGAAGCUGUUUAGCAAAUUGGGAUUCAGGAUUAUGCAAUAGUCAAGCUUCUGUAACUUGCCCACUCUGAAAACAAGAAUAAAGUUAUCCGUCUGUAAUCGUGUAACUACACUCAAACCUUCCCCCCUUUAAAUGUUUCUAUUUGGAAAUUUAACUUAAACUUAUUGGUUGCAUUUAAACUUAAGUCAGAAGGGAAAACAUGAAGUCGCAGAGAAUUAUCGAAAUGGCAGUGAUUAACAUUGAUUGAGCCACUUCCUAUGGGAUAAGCAUUAUUUUGUUGAAUCCUGAUAAUCCUAUGAAGAAGGUACUUACUUUCAUCUUCAUUUUACAGCUAGAAAACUGAAGCAUGGGGAUGUUAUAGAACCUGUUUAGGUUACUCAGCUAGUUAAGAGUGCUCUGUUUCUGGAAUGUCCACAUCCAGUGCAUAGAGACCAGGGAUGCUUCAAAACAACCUAAUGCACAGGAAAAUUCCCCACAAGAAAGAGUUAUCUGGCCUAAAAGGUUGUUAGUACCAAGGAUAAACAAUUUUGGUCUAUUUUAAUCCGCAUGAAACUAAAGAAGCUGCACUUUGACUGGCAACCUCAAUGACAUGGUAGAUUUUGUUAUAAUAGGGCAAUCUGAGUCAGGUUCAAUACCUUCAAUGUGCCAGAUUCUAUUGCUCUUGCAUAAUGACUUCACAGGGAAAGCAGUGGUGAUAACCUCUUAAUACUGAAAUGAUUCUUCUUAACCUAUGUAGGUAAACUAGGAGCAAUAAAUGUUACAACUGUUUUAAGGACUAAAUGGAGACUAUUCAAAUGCUAACACUGAAAAAAUCAAGAUGUGUUCAUCUUGCUAAUUCAGUGGCACAAAAAGAAAUGUAGUCCCCCAUAAACAAGCCUUUAUAUCUAGGAUUCUGCAAACUACCACCUUAAGCCUCUUUGCUGGUUAAGUGGCAGGAGCAGAGAGGACAGUACAUGGUACAUUUGAAAAAGAUGGUUAUCAAAAUGAUGCCUCAGUUCAAAAUUGCUCUUCUUACUCUCUAACCAUAGCCCUAUUAUACAGUCUAGGCUUUCUGUUUCAUGAUUUUUCCCUCUGGUCAUGAGCCUGGUUAUUGUUUUAAUAAAACAUAAGCCAUAUACUGGUACAAAAAAAAAACAAGUAGAAUUUUUUCACCUUUAUCUAAUGAGACAAAACACAGAAGGCAAUCAAAUUAUUUUGAAAUUUCCCAGACUCAAAAAUAGUGCUCAUCCUUUGCAAAAUGCAAGGUUUAAACUAUACAUUCUUGUAACCCUGCCAUCUAAAAGGGCAGAACAUUGUACAAUAAUAUUCUCCUUCAGAUCAGUGAAGGAGAGAUGAUGACACACAUAAACACAGAGGUUCAAAGUUGGGCUUUUCUGUCACUGCAAAGGGGUUUACAGAUUUCUUUCUUUCUUCCUACAGAAGCCAGAUCCUCCCUCUGUCUUGAAAAAGAAAAAUGCUCUGGAAUAAUAUUUGACCCUAGGGUGCUUAGUAGCCAUGGUGUAUCUAUUUCAUUGAGAGGCCAAUUUGCUGUUUUCAAAAAUAGUACUAUACACAAGACUGAAUAAAGCGGAGGCUGAACUAUGGAUCUAUUGAAGAAUUUCGUGCAUAGCCAGUGCAUGUUGACUGUGUCAUGCACUGCGCUGAACUUGUUAAGUUAGUCAUCUUGGUUAAGCCUCACAUCAUCUCUGCAAAGCAGGCCCUAUUUUAAUCCUCCAUUUGGCAGAUGAAAAAUAUUGAGGCUUAGAGAGGUCGUGUGAUUUUCCCAAGGUUACGGAUAGAUAAGUGGCAGGGAUAGGAUUUAAGUACAGAACUGUUGGGCCACAUUGUUUUCCCCUUCUGAGCACCUUGGUUGAGCAGAAGACUCUCUGGCCCAAUUGGAUCAGAAUCUCCAUCCCUAGUUGGCACUGAAAUGACUGAAAAUAGCUUUUUGGAAGUAACAGAGUUUAAUAUAUAUAAUAAAUAAAUAAAAUGACACAAGCUAAAGAGAAUUAGGCAAAUCUCUUUACUGUACCUCAGCUUUCCUAUCUGUAAAAUAAUAGUCACCUCAACCUGGAUUUUAUGGAGAAAAUACGAAAUUUCAUAUAUAUGUAUGUAAACACAAACCCACAUAUUUAUGUACAUACACAUAGACAUAUAUGUAUGCACACAGAAACACAUACCUACAUGUGCAUACAUACAUGUAGAUAUGCAUGUAGAUAGACAUCUACAUAUCUAUAUGUGCACACACACAAGUAAAAUACUCUGGCCCUCUGUGUGGGAAUUUUUGUGCCUUUCUGUAUCACUGUGACAGCAGCUUUGGUGAAAGUUGAUAUUUUUUGGGUAAUUGCAUAACCUACUUUGUGUGCAUGUCAAAUGAAAUCAAGAAAAAUAAGUGUCCUUCUACUUUACCAAGACCUUGCAACCUAAAAUAAUAGCACAGAAUUGAGUGGAUUCACUUUCUUAAGGAGCUUGAACCACAUUCUGGUGGAAAAAUUAACUCUUAGGCAAAUGAAUCUCACUUUCAGUGUUUUCACAUUUUCCGUCAUGCAGGCUAGGCAUUACUUGGCCCCCGUUGUUUUGUGUGUAUCACCCUUUCCUCAGCUCAGUCUACUGACACCUCCCAGAUUUCAUUACAUUUUGACAAAGAGCCAUUUCACAGCAGUGGCAGGCCUCAAGAAAGAGUAUGUUGAGCUUACCAAGUAGGGCAAAGAGUAGGGUGGGUGAAGAAUAUAGCUUUUACCCAGAUUUGAUGUUUGAAAAAGAGUAUAAAGAUGCUCCAAGUACCAAGAACCUGUCUUGCCCCUCCUCUCGAGCAAGGAAUCUGUCUGAGAAAGAUCCAAUUAUACUUUCUUCGCACCUCCGAGAAGGUGACCAAGACUUCCAUAUGCAUGACUCUGGCUGCCUCAGUCCCUGCUUUGCUGUUCCUGUCUACCAGCCCAGCCUUUCCUAGCAGUCAUCCUGCUCUUGUCUGUAUUAAAACUUUUUUCAGCGCUUCUCAGUAUGAACUAGUUUCAUCAACCAUUCAGAUGUUCUGCAAUGUCUUGUAUUCACAUCUAAAUUACCCCCGAAUCUUCCUUUCUCCUACCCCCAUUAUCAAAAACCUCACACCUUGUUCUGAUAUCAUAUGUCAUCUGUGUUAUCUUGUUUUCUUAACAGCUUCCAAGAAAGGAAUUAGGAAUAAUCUAAUCCAGGAGAGAUGAAUUAUACAUGUCCCAUAAGUAGUAUAAGAGCCUGGGAGCAGAACCCAGGUCCCCAGACUCUUAAGUCUUGGAAUAGACACCUCUUCUGAGAAAGUAGAAAGCAGUCUUAGGGACAGAGUGAUUUCCAAGAGAGGUGAGCAACUGCCAGAUAUUUUUUAUUUGUUUUUCUUUUACUCUGCAGAUAGCCCUAAACUUUCUUUUCUUUCCUAAUAGAUACAGCAUUUAUUAAAUUGACAAUGAAGGUUAUUUAUAUAUAAACUACUUUAUGCAUAACUAGAUUUUAUGCCUAUCUACUCAAUAAGCAUUUGUUAAACAUUUGCAGUGUCCCAGGAAUGGUUCUAGACUUAGGAUGAAUGACACAGACUUAGGCUGUGUUCUUACAGAGUUUACAGUACUCUAUAAUAAUCCUACAAUAACAUAAAAUUGAGCAUACUACGAAAAGAUCAGGUCAACUUCAUGAUAGGUCAGAUUUAAUUAUAAUAUCAAACUAUUCUUGACAGUCAGCCUUUAUAUUUUUGUAGUGAUUGAUUAUUGGCGCACAAUUAAAAGUAGGCCAUUAUUGAAAUUGAAAAGGAUUGCAGCUAGCCAUCUGCCCUACUUCAAGAUAAAUUUCUUUUGUAAUUUGUAAUUUUGCCUCAAUAGCAACCAUUAUUUUGACUUCAUUUUUAAAUACCCAUUUUUAAAUACUAUUUAAAUAUUAUUUAAUUAUUUUAAAUAAUAGUAACCAUUAUUUUGACUUCAUUUUAAAUACUUUUCACUGUGAAUAAUAAUAAUGGCAUUUAUUGAACACUUACUAUGCAGCAGACACUCUUCCCUAUGUUUUACAUUAUUGCCUCAUAACUUCACAGCCAUACUUCUUACUUCCCUCUUUGGAACACUGUCGUCUUCCCACACUAUUUUUCGUAGGUCCUGAUUAUUCCAUAUUUCAUAGUAUCGUGAUUACAGAUGAAGAAACUGAUAUGCAAACACCAGUAAAGUAACUGGUAAAGAUUAAUUAGCUAGAAAGUGUUGAAGCCAGGAUAUAAUAACAUGGGCAGUUUGGCUCUAGAAUCUAUGUAUGUAACCACUGAAUUGAAAACUACUUCUGCUGGACCCCUUGGUCACCUCUGGUUGGUGACCAAGUUCAUCCAACACUCUCCUCAUCCACACCCCUUGUGGGGUCAGGGGACCGUUGAAUAUGGCGAUCUUACCAGCUGUACCAAUGUACACUUUUUUCCUGACUACACAUAUAAGCAUUACAAUAAAGUGCUUCCUGGUCUACUCUUAAAAUUGUCAAAAAAAUUAGAGUUUUCCCAAACACCAAUUAUAAGCAAUGUCUUAGCAUAAUAGAAUUUGAUUAUUAAUUUUUUUAAAUCUCUUGUUAGGAUAAAAGGAAUAAGAGUAAAAAUCAAAUGUAUUUGAAAAUAGGACCAUUUAUAAUAGUUGUCUUUAAUGGGGCGUAAAUGGUAGAAAGCAAUGUAUUUAAGGCAGUCCGGGAUGGAUAGAUACACUUGAAGAGCACCAGUAUCUGUACUGUGUAGAGGUGGUGGUUGACACUGUGGGAGUCAGUACCUGUGAAAUGUGGAACGUGGAAAGAGAACAACGUUCCACAGAAGGAACUGUGCAGAAGUGUGGCCCACAUGGAGGGAAAGAAGAGGCUUCUUCAAAAGAGACUGGGAAGAAGUUUUCAGAAAUAUAGAAGGAAUACAAGGGAGCCACGAAGACAGGAAGGAGGUGGUCCACAGUGGGAAACAGGUCAUUAUAAAGAGAAGGGUUGAAAAGUGACCACUGGACCUUCCAGUUGAGACUCACUAGUGGCCAUAAUAAGAGCAGUGCCUGUGGGAUGACAGAACAGAAGCCACAUAUGGUGACUGGAGGAGUAAAUGUAGAAGUGAGGAAGUAGAAACUAGAACCAAGGUGAUUCUUCAGAAAAGAUGGCUGUGAAUACAAGCCCAGAAAGGUCUAGAGCCCACUAGGGAGGCAACAUGUCCUGAGGUGGCUGGGGUGCUUCUUCAGUUUUGCAGGGUCAGAGGAGAGAGCCAAUACUGAAAGAGUAGCUGAAGGGAAGGAGAGAAGAGGGGGUGAUGGCAGAGCUAGAGUCCAGAGGAGGUGGGAGAGGAGCAGACCCAGGCACAAGCAGAGGGCUAGCAAGGAAGGGCGAAUUAUUAGCACCACACCUCAGAGAAGGGGUAGCGGGGUACCACCUGUGAUGGAGACCGUGAAGUCAGGACACCCCUUCCUGAGUUGGAAGGGCAGGCUGUUGGCAAAGAGGUCAGAAUUUUAGAAAAAUACCAUGCUUCUGAAAAUCUCACUUCAGUUGUGUGUCUCUGCUUUGACUACCAGCUCUCUUUGUGCACAUUGUCACCAUUUUAUUGUGUGCCUCUUGAGAUGCCUGCUUGGAUUUUGGAAAGCUGUAUGAGAAACCAUGAAUUUCAGGACAGUUGUUUGGAUGACUGGCUUAUGUUUUUUUUGGAAACUUAAUGGGACCUCAGCUGUUUAAAAGUCUCCAGCUCAAGAAGGUGCUUGGGACUUUGUUCUUCCAUUUUCUGUGGCUCAUUACCGCUUGAGUAAUGUCUGCUUGCUCACCCAAUUGGCUCCAGCUUUCAGGAGUAAGGGCCAAAGCUUUUCAGUCCAGAGUGCUAUCUAGGGUGGUCAGAGAUCCUCAUGGCCCAAUGGAGACACCAUGCACCGUUAUUACAAAUCCCGUGUAUGUUCAAACUGUUUUGCAUGGCAGAGUGACAACAUUGACUGGUGUAGGCUGGGCUGCGUAGGCUUGCCCUUGCGUCAUAUCAAUCUGCAUUUUGUGAAGCUAAGCAUCAGUGUCAGCCCUUGGCCGUGACUCUCUUGGAUGAGGGAAGACCAAAGAGGAGCCAAAUCAUGUGCUGGGACAGGCUGAGCUCUGUUUCCUUUCCUUUCCAACCCCAGCUCAGCCCCCUCACCCUGCCUCUUUAGCCCUCACAUCUUGACCUCCUGUGUUAAAAUCAUAAGAAGAAUGAGGAGAGAAGGGCUGUGUACACACAGAAAAUGGUUCAAGAGGAGGCAAAGCAUUGAAUAGCAUCAUUCAGCUUACAGUUAACCUCACUUCUAUUAUCUCACAUGGUUUUCUUUAUAGUUACAGAAACAGUCCCAGAGAUCUGAACUGAUUUACCUGUAGAACCACAGCAUUAAUACCUAUCAGAACUGAAACUUGAUUCCAGAUCUUCUGGCCCCAGACCGAUUGUUCUUUAUACAAAAGGCUAAGACAUCAGCCAGUACUCAUACUAUUAAAAUAUUAGAAGUGUUUUUUCCUUUUAAAUAUACCAUGGUUACAUUGCUAGACUUGUAAUUAUGGGCUUUUCAAAGAAGAGUGCUGAAUAAACACUGAGGACUAUCAUUAUUACUAUUAUUAUUACCACUAAAAUCAUUGGUUACAUAGGGAAUUUAUUCAAUUUAAUAAGUGCCUGGUAUCUUUGGUAAAUAAAAUUUUGUCCACACCCUCAGGAAGUGGAGAAAGCAAUUAUGCAGACGUAGAGAUGAAAUGUCAGCGAUGGAUUCUGUAAUGGAUAUAUCCCUAAGAUAAAGAAAUAGUGUAACAGUCAUUCUUGAACUUGAGCAUGUAUCUGAAUCACCUAGAUGGCUUGUAAAAAGAUUGCUGGCUCUGCCCUCAGACUUGCUGGGUGGGGCUCAGGGAUGUGAGUUCCUAACCAAGCUCCUAGAUGGUGUUGAUGCUGCAGGUCAGACACUGUACUUUGAAGGCUUGAACUCCUUCCAUCUGGGAGCAUCAGACAAGACAUUGUAGAAGUGAUACAGAUGCAAAGCUUGAAGGAUUAAAAAAGUUUGCCUCGUUAAAUGGGUGGAAUGGCAUUCCAGGUAGAUGGAAUAGUGUGCAUAAAGGUAUGGACAGGUAACAGUCGAUAGGGGAUCCACAAGAAAUUUGGUAUUAGCACAAUCAAAAGAGAACUGGACAAUGGCAAGAGAUGAGUCUGAGCUCAUGGAGGGUUUCACGUGCCGCACUAAAUCCUGUGGUCUUUUUCCUAUAGGCUGUACAGAGCCACUGGAGGACUCAAAAAAGCAAAGCAUCCUAGUCAAAUCUCUUCAUUUCAGAAAGCUGAUUAACUCUAGUACAAACGUGGAAGCAUAGAAAAGAUUCUUACUCAUGACCUAAAUAUGAAAGAAUGCCUUUGAACAUCUAUAAUAUUAUGUCCAGCAAUCAACCAAAUGUCGAUACAUCUUGGUAUUUUAGUCAAAGAGUUAAUGAUUCACUGUGCGCCAUGCAUAUAUACAAAUCAAAGAAAUCAUCCUUUCCUACAGGCACUUAAGGGAGCCCACACUUCCACAGGAAACAACAGAGCUUGAGGCAAGGCAGGCUGGUCAGCACUGAAUCCACCAGCCAGGGUUUCAGGGAGAAGGCAGAACACAGCUGGCCUAGCAGAACCGUGGCAUUUACCUGGCCCGAGGAAGGCACUGCAGCCAAGGAGGACCCAGAGCCGAGGAACAGAAGGGAAACUAAACUCUGAAUGCACAGGAACAGCACAGAAACAGAGGCAGCUGGUCAGCCUUUGUCAGGGGCUUCUCUUGAAACAUGAUGGAGGGGUGGAAAGGAAGCUUGGAUCAAAAGGCUGUUUCUACAGGGAAUAACCUCUGGAAGAUUUUUAGAAAAAGAAUAGAGCAACAUAGAGAUAGGAAAUACAAUGCUUCUCAGCCAUCUGCACACCUGCUCUCCUCCUUUAUCAUUCAAUAAUCUCCCUAUUAUUCCCCUAGCUGGAGUCAAAGGAACAGAAUAUAAAGGGUUGGGGACAAGAGAUGGGGAAGAUGUAUUGGUCUUUGGUUCUGAUUGGGCCAAAAAGCUGGUAGUUGCUGCCCAGGGAGCUGGCCGUUGUCCUGAGAAUGAGUACUCAGUCACGUCUCUCAAGACCAUCCCAGAACUCUGCCGAAGAUGUGAUCCGCAAAGCGAAGACAGAGCAGUUUCUAGCUCUAGCUGGAACUGCGGCGUCUCAACUCUUCUUACGAACACACAAAAGCCCACUGGCAUCGCUGAUGUGUACAGUAAGUUCCGCCCCGUGAAGCGAGUUUCUCCACUGAAACAUCAGCCAGAAACUCUAGAAAACAAUGAAAGUGAUGAUCAAAAGAACCAGAAGGCAGAGUUCCAGAAGGGGGGUGAUCCUGACCCAGGCCCCCAGUCUGGGGAGCUCAGCACAGAAGAUGGAGAGGGUGGCCCCCAAAGUAAGAGCAGUGAGCCCAGCGCCUUGCUGGGCGAACUGGAGCAUUAUGACCUCGACAUGGAUGAAAUUCUGGAUGUGCCUUACAUUAAAUCCAGUCAGCAGCUUGCCUCUUUUAAGGUAACGUCAGAAAAAAGAAUUUUGGGAUUAUGCACAAGCAAUAACGGCCUUUCUGGCAAAGCCUGCUCUGCAGGAAGCACUGAGACCUCGCCACCCAGCAGGAUGCCGUUCUGUGUCCUUUCUCCCGUGAAGAGCCCUCGCUUGAGAAAAGCAUCGUCCGGGGCACGCGACCAGCCAAAGCUCUCCACUGAAGAAGCCGAGGGCUCACCCCUGGGAAAAUGUGGCUCUGCGUGUGAGCCUGGAAACCAGACUAAGGACUUCCUAAGCAAGACCUUUAGUGACCCUCACAGUGGAAAAGUUGAGAAGGCAGUGCCAGACUGCCAGCUCAGGGCCUUCCGUCUGCAGUCCUCAGCCGCAGAGCCCAAGCUAGAGGAGCAGAUUGGGGGCACGAGCUGGACCAGCCCCCAAGGCCCAGAGGAAAGGAGUGAGUAUCUGAAAAAAGUUAAGAGCAUCUUGAACAUCGUUAAGGAAGGCCAAAUCUCCCUCCUGCCACACCUAGCUGCCGACAAUCUAGACAAAAUUCACGACGAAAGUGGAAACAAUCUCUUGCACGUAGCGGCGUCGCAGGGACAUGCAGAAUGCCUCCAGCACCUCACUUCCUUGAUGGGAGAGGAUUGCCUCAGUGAGCGAAACACUGAGAAGCUGACGCCGGCAGGCCUGGCCAUCAAGAAUGGUCAGUUGGAGUGUGUACGCUGGAUGGUGAGUGAAACAGAAGCCAUUGCAGAACUGAGUUGUUCCAGGGAUUUUCCAAGCCUUAUUCAUUAUGCAGGUUGCUAUGGCCAGGAAAAGAUUCUCCUAUGGCUUCUUCAGUUUAUGCAAGAACAGGGCAUCUCGCUGGAUGAAGUGGACCAGGAUGGCAACAGUGCCGUUCACGUAGCCUCCCAGCAUGGCUACCUUGGGUGCAUCCAGACCUUGGUCGAAUAUGGAGCGAAUGUCACCAUGCAGAACCACGCAGGGGAAAAGCCCUCCCAGAGCGCAGAGCAUCAUGGCCACUCGCUGUGCUCCCGGUACCUGGUGGUGGUGGAGACCUGCAUGUCGCUGGCCUCCCAGGUGGUGAAGCUCACCAAGCAGCUAAAGGAACAGACGAUGGAACGUGUCACACUGCAGAACCAGCUCCAGCAACUUCUAGAGGCCCAGAAAUCAGAGGGCAAGUCAUUCCUUUCUUCACCCAGCUCACCAUCCUCCCCUGCUUCCAGAAAGUCCCAGUGGAAAUCCCCAGAUGCAGACGAAGAGUCUAUAACCAAAAGCAAACCAGUAGUCCAAGAGGGGAUUCAAGUUCUUGGAAGCUUGUCAGCAACCAACCGGGCCAGGGCCAAAGCAAAAGAUGAAGAUUCUGAUAAAAUCCUACGCCAGUUACUGGGAAAAGAUAUCUCAGAGAAUGUGUGCACCCAGGAAAAGCUGUCCUUGGAAUUCCAGGAUGCUCAGGCUUCCUCUAGAAAUUCCAAAAAGAUGCCUGUGGAGAAGCGGGAGCUGAAGUUAGCCAGGCUGAGGCAGCUGAUGCAGCGGUCCCUGAGUGAGUCCGACACGGACUGCACCACCUCCGAGGACCCCAAGAGCACGCCAGCAAGAAAGGCUGACAGGCCCAGGCCUCAGCCCAUCGUGGAAGGUAUGGAGAGCAUGGACAGCGCAGAAAACCUGCAUUUGAUGAUCAAGAAACACACCUUGGCAUCAGGACGCAGGUUUCCUUUUACUGUCAAGGCCUCCAAACCUCUGGAUGGCCAUAGCCCAUCUCCCACCUCGGAGAGCAGCGAACCAGACUUAGAAUCACAGAGUCCAGGCUCAGGGACAACUCCCCCAAACCAGCCCUCUGGAGACCCUGCUCAGCCCAGCCCCGACAGCACAGCUGCCCAGAAACUGGCCAUGAGUCCCAAAAGCGCUCUCAAGUCUCCGUCUUCUAAGCGCCGGACGUCUCAGAACUCGAAGCUCAGAGUCACCUUCGAGGAGCCUGUGGUGCAGGUAGAGCAAAAUAGCCUUGAACUAAAUGGAGAAAAAGACAGAGAUAAGGGCAGGGCCCUGCAGCGGACCUCCACGAGUAGUGACACAGGGGAUCAACUGAAAAGGCCUUUCGGGACCUUCCGGUCUAUCAUGGAGACGCUAAGCGGAAACCAGAACAAUAAUAAUAACUAUCAGGCACCCAACCAGCUGAAGACCUCUACACUGCCCUUGACCUCAUUGGGAAGGAAGGUGACAGAUCCCAAGGGAAAUCCUGCAAGCUCUGGCAGUAAAGGAAAGAAUAAGGCGGAGAUGUACAGCAGCUGCAUCAAUCUUUCCUCUAAUCCGCUGAUUGAAGAACAUCUGCGUAACUAUGCACGGCAUAAUGACAUCAACAGAAAAAUGAAGAAAUCCUUCAGCAUAAAGCACAUUGCUGAGCCAGAGUCAAAAGAACUCUUCUUGUAAAUCACUUGUUAUUAUCUCUCAUUGCUGCCCUCUGGACACCACUGGAAAUUUCUGGACUGUCCUCUGGAACUAGAACCAUGAGACCAAUGCCUCAUCAGCAGAAGAGCAGACUAUCAGGAUGCCUUAAAUUUAUAGCAGUAGACUACAUAAGACACAUUUUGGGGUGAUAUUUGUAUAUAUAACUUGUUUUUAAAGAGAUGCUGUUUAAAAGCAUGUUUGAGCAAAUGUAUGCUUUUUAAGACUGGAUUGAUUCAACCUCCAGGACAUUCACCAAACCACUGACACCAUUUUGUAUCUCAUCAGUUGCAUGAGUAUUUGCUCAAGUUGGUUGAACUUCUCUUUCCCUCUAAUACGGACAGUUUGGUCCCAGCGACUCAAUGAGACCAGGUCAGUGCUAUUGUUUUGUGUCAAGAGUGUUUUUUUCUGUCAUUUCUACUUUUUGUAUAAAGGAAAAAUAAAACAAUGUUAACAGCACUGAUAAGCUCGGGGUACCUACUUUCUAAUAAGUCUGUGAUGUUCUGAUUUCUAAAGAACUUUGAGCAUAUGUCAAAUGCUGAUAUUUUAUUUCAAGAACAAACUGCCCAUUAGCUGUUUUCCCUUGGGGGUCAAAUAAAACAUUAUGAGUUUUCAUUAUGUAGUAAAGGAUCAGACAAAUAUAUAAAGUAAGUCAAUUCCUUCUGUCUUCUCAAAUCUCAGCAUUAACAUCAGAAAAUACUAAUGACAACUAAGGAUUUAGCCCCUUCUUGGGUCACUUUUUUCUGCCUCUUACACAUUACGAGGACUGUUUAAUCCCUCUAGGAGACAGUGUGGAGCCUGAGCUCAGAACAGCCCCGUUGUUGAUGUGGCUCUUUGAAUCCAUGUAAGCAGUAAAUUACAGAUGGUUUCGUCCUAUCAUGUAAAAAUAUAUUUCUGUUGAAACUUCAAGAGUUUUAUUUUCAAAGUGUUGGCAGGGCA